UUUACAGCCAACUGAUAAGUAAUAAGGAGCACAAUGUGUGACACAGAGGAGUAUGUGGAAGAGUUCGAGGAAGAACAGGAGGAGAUGAAUGAAGAGGAAGAGGAAGCGGCUGAAGAGGAGGUUGAAGAAGAGGUUGAGGAGGAAGAAGAGGAAGAAGAAGCAGCCGAGGAGAAAGAGGAAGAUGAACAAGAGGCAGAAGAAGACACCAAACCCAAACCCAAGAUGUUUGUUCCCAACAUUAUACCACCAAAGUUGCCUGACGGAGAGAAAGUGGACUUUGAUGACCUCCACCGGAAACGUGUGGAGAAAGACUUCAAUGAAUUGCAGAGUCUCAUUGAGUCGCACUUCUCCACCAGGCAGAAGGAAGAGGAUGAACUUGUAGCUUUGAAGAACCGCAUCGAGCGCCGUCGGGCCGACCGUGCCGAGCAGCAGCGCAUCAGAGCCGAGCGUGAUCGCGAGAGGCAAGCUCGCCUCGCCGAGGAAAGAGCAAGGCGUGAAGAGGAGGCCGCCAAACUGCGUGCCGAGGAGGACGCCAGGAAAAAGAAGAUCCUUUCCAACAAGGGCUACGGUGGCUACCUGCAGAAGGUGGAUCAGAAGAAGGGCAAGAGGUUGACGGAACGUGAGAAGAAGACCAAAUGUCUGAUGGAACGUCGCAAGCCGCUCAACAUCGAUCAUCUCAACCAGGAGAAGCUGGGAGAGAAAGCCCUUGACCUUUGGAAGUGGCUCACACAACUCCAUGCGGAGAAGUUCGAUCUGGGAGAGAAGCUGAAGAGGCAGAAAUACGACAUCAACGUUCUGCGGAACCGCGUUAGUGACCAUCAAAGAGGAGCUAAGACAACCAAGAGCACCAGGAAGUCCUGGAAAUAAAUGAACUGGAUUGACACAUUGCAAUGACACACAAAACAGAGCCAAAAAGGUUCGUUGGAAUCAGUUUUAAGUCCAACAUUGAACUUUCUAAGACAUCAUGAUAUCUAUUUUAAUUUUUUGUGAUGUACUAUCAGUAUACUUUACUCACUGAGCAUUGUGUAAUAGGAUUUACAGUGUUAAUGCUUUGUUUCAUGUCAUAUUAAGUCUCAUGCUGUAAACAGUUCAGAAUAUGUAGCAGAAAUGCAGCCGGUCAAAAUGUUUUGCUUAUAUUUGAAUGUGAUUUUUUUUUUUUUUUAACUUUUG